AUGACCUAUGGCGUUGAAAAACACCCCUUUUACGAGGUGAAUCUUGACCUGAUGGAGGACGAGAAUCUGUCUCGCACCUUUUGCGGUGCAUAUCUGGAUCAUCUAUAUAAGGACCCUGCAUUCCUUGAGAAGCGAGAACGGCACCUGCUUACAGGGGAUCGGGAAGAGGAUCUGAAAGUUUUGAUGACUGAAGGCCGGAGAUUCCUUCCACUCCAGCACUUCUUCUGGGGAGUCUGGAAUAUCAUAUGCGUACAGGAACUCGGAGCCAUUCAGGGCAUAGACUUUUUGGCUCACGCAAAAGACCGCUUCAUUAUGUAUCAUCGGUUCAAGUCAAACAUGUAUAAAUAUUAG